AUGCCUUCGUAUAAAGGAAUUUCUUUAAUUCUUCAUAAAAAACAUAUCCCAUCUUCUUCCCCUUCAUUAUUUACAAGUUAUAAAUCUCAUCAAGAAUACACAGGUCCUUAUAAUAUUACUCCAAGAGUUGACUAUGUACGAUGGCAAGAAGUUUGUGAAACUUCACAAGAAGCUACCGAAUUAUUUUCCAGAUUUCCUCAUGAUAUUAUUUUAAGGAUACUUCGAGAAUUGGAUUUUACAGAUAUCGUUUCAUUUUCAAAGGUUAGCAGAAGAUGCAUGACUCAUACUCUAGAUCCUUACUUCUGGCAUUCAAUGUUACAACGAGAUUGGAAAGGUUGGCACGAUUAUGAUACAGUAUUAAAAAAAUAUAAUAUACAUCCCGUUUGGAAUGGAAAUAUUAAAUCUACUGAAGAAGAUACUUUGGCUUUAAAACGUGCUUAUAUGACUUUAGCUACCUAUAAACUCUAUCUAGCUGAACGAAAAGAUGAAUCAGAUUCAAUGAAAACUUUGUGGGAAAAAGAAGAAUUUAAAUUGGGACACACAAAAGAAAGCAAUUUUGGAAAAGUCAUUAAACAAAAAUCAAAAUUAUUUCAGUGUUCAGUGAAGUUUAUGUAUCCACCUCGAGGUUGGUAUGAUGUAAUGUGGCGAAUUAAAGUUGAUAAACUUAUUGGUGAACCUGAAUAUGCAUUUGACGCAACUGUAGAAACUAUUGUAUGA